AUGUCAGUGGUAAGAUUAGGAAUCAAUGGAUUCGGAAGAAUCGGAAGACUCACUGCUAGAGCUGCUCUAGCUAGCAAAGAUGCCAAGAUUAUGGCUAUCAACGACCCAUUCAUGGACUUAGAUUACUUGAUCUAUCUUCUUAAAUACGACACUGUUCACGGAAGAUUCAAUGGCGAUAUUAAGAAGGUUGACGGUGGCAUUGAGGUCGAUGGUCACAAGAUUAGAGUAUAUCAAGAGAAAGAUGCCUCCCUUAUUAAGUGGGGAGAUGCUGGAGCUGACUACAUUGGUGAGUGCAGUGGUGCCUUCACCUCAAGAGAGAAAGCCUCACUCCAUCUUAAGGGUGGUGCAAAGAAAGCAAUCAUCUCAGCCCCCCCAAAGGACGAUGUUCCCAUGUUUGUUAUUGGAGUUAACCAUCACGAAUACAAGGCUGACUUGCAAGUUGUUUCAAAUGCUUCAUGCACUACCAAUUGUCUAGCCCCAGUUGCUAAAGUUAUUAAUGACAAUUUCGGCAUUGCUGAGGGUUUAAUGACAACCGUUCAUGCCGUCACUAUUAACUAAUUAACUGUUGAUGGCCCAUCAAAGGGAGGCAAAGACUGGAGAGCUGGAAGAGCUGCUGGUGCCAACAUUAUCCCAUCAACCACCGGAGCUGCCAAAGCUGUAGGUAAAGUUAUUAAGGAUCUUAAUGGAAAGUUGACUGGUAUGGCUUUCAGAGUCCCAACCACUGAUGUCUCAGUUGUUGAUCUUACCGUCAGACUUAACAAAGAUGCUUCUUAUGCUGAAAUCUGCCAAAAAAUCAAGGAAGCCUCUGAGGGAUCAAUGAAGGGAAUCCUCGGAUACACUGAGGAUGAGGUAGUCUCAGGUGAUUUCAUUCACUGCCCUCUUUCAUCAAUCUUCGAUGCCAAGGCUGGUAUUGCUCUCAGCUCAAGAUUCGUUAAGGUUGUCUCCUGGUACGAUAACGAAUGGGGAUACUCCAACAGAAUGGUUGACCUUGCUAGACACAUGGCUAAGGUUGAUGGAAACCUCAAGUGA